AUGGCCGCCAACGCAGGAUACCAACCCGCUCCUCAGCGCGACUCCAUCGAUGACCCGGUCUUCACCCGCCCUCCUCCAAACUACCAGGCGACCGGCCCCAACUGGGAAGCAGGAGGAUACGGAACACCACGGCAAGAGGACGACAAUGUGCCCGACGACUUCAAGUUCGGCGGCACCGUGGCCGAAGCGACGAUCGACGUGCGCAUGUCCUUCAUCCGCAAAGUCUACAGCAUCCUGACAGUGCAACUCCUCCUGACGGCGGGCCUGUCGUCGCUGUCCUUCUUCUCCACGGGCUACCGCCACUGGAUCCAGUCGAACAGCUGGAUGAUGUGGGUGUCGCUGUUCGGCGCGAUCGGCUUCAUGCUGCUCACCUUCUGGAAGCGCAAGUCGUAUCCAACCAACCUGGUCUUCCUGGCCGCGUUCACCGGUCUGGAAGCCUACAGCAUCAGCGUCGUCACGUCGUUCUUCGAGUCCCGCAUCGUGCUGGAAGCGCUGAUCCUCACGCUCGGCAUCUUCGUCGCCCUGACCCUGUUCGCGUGCCAGACCAAAUACGACUUCACGAGCUGGAUCCCAUACCUGGUCGGAGCGCUGUGGGGGUUGAUCCUCUUCGGCUUCAUGGCCGCCUUCUUCCCGCACGGCUCCACCAUGGAACUAGUCUACGGCGUCGUCGCCGCCCUCAUUUUCUCUGGCUACAUCCUCGUCGACACACAGUUGGUAAUGCGCCAUUACCAUGUCGAAGAAGAGAUCGCCGCCAGCAUCAGUCUCUACCUCGACAUCUUGAACUUGUUCCUUGCCAUCCUCAGGAUCUUGAACAGCCAGAACGACAACUGA